CUGGCGGCCAGCAACAACCCUACUGAUAUGACUAACACUGUCACCACCGACGAAACGAUCACUGGUGCAACUACAUCUCUGAGUACCGUAUCCACCGUAUCCACUACCCUAUCCUCGGAUCUUCCACCUCAGACUCCACCCAAGAUCAUGCAUGGAUCUACACGGAAAACAAAGGGGAUUGUUGCAGCCAGUGACUUCCCACCGUCUAUCAAACAUGCAGCUGAGAAAUGGGGAGGAGAGACAGCAGCGAAGGCGUGGUUGGAGAAAACCGAAUUUUCAAAAGUGAAGGCGGACUUUGAAAAAAUCAAUUCAAUGGUUGUGAAUGUGGAGAAGGAUUGCAAGAAAUGGAAGGCGAAUUCCAAAUGGAACCAAUCGGAAGACUAUCCAGCAUUGGAUUCUGUGAUGUAUACGUUUAUAAGUAAUAAUUUGCUUGCUUCUAUUUUGCCGUUACGUACCGAAAAUAAAGUUACUGAGGCCUAUAAAGAUAUUGAUGUUGCUUUUCAGUUGUUAUUCACACUCUCGUAUUUCCAGCUAGAGAACUAA